CAGAGUGUAAACAAUCGUCGAGACUUUCUCUUGUUCGAGUUCAAUCAUAAGUCUUAAUAUACAUGUAAUGACUAUAAGUGCUUUUUAUGAACAUAGAAUGGAAAAGUAUUAAAUUACCAUAAACUUGGAGGCUUCAUUUUCCAAGCAAGGAAAGAAUGGAAGAAGAAAUUAUCAGUACUUCUGACGAACUUCGUCAUUUCAAUCGUGAAUACAUUAGUGAGCAUAGAAAAGAUAACAGGUCUUCAUUUUUAAGACAGAGAAGAUUGAAUCUGCUUGAAGUAGAGCAGAAUGCUCAAAAUCUAACUUUAGAGCAGUUUAAAGAAACACUCCUGGAGUUGAAAAAUAAGAAGUGUACUGUGAAUACAUUGAAAAAAAUUAAAAAUGCUUGCAUUAAUAAAGAAUAUAUUGAAGUUUUUUUUAGAACGGAAGGUGCUUUUGAUUCAUUGGUCCGGCUCCUCAGCGGAAAAGAUGCCCAGAAACAGUUAGAAGCAACAGGUUGUCUGAUAAACCUUGCUUGUGGAAAGCACAAAGUGUCUUGUAAAAUUUCAAAAAGAUGUGGAGCAUACUUGGUUUCAUUUAUAAACGGUGGUAGCCAUUUCUUACAAGAUCUAAGUGCUUGGGCUGCUGGAAAUUUGACUUUGGAUUGCAUUGAAUGUUUUCAAUUACUCAAAGCUCAAGGAAUUUUACCAGCUCUCUGUACUGCAAUAAAGGUACCAUCUCCAAAUGUUUUGCAGUCAGUUGUAUUUGCUUUGAAUGCAUGUAUGCAAUAUGAAGACUCUGAUAUAAUAACAUCGACACAGCCGGAUUUGGCGGGAUAUUUGCUUCACCACAUAAAUAAAGAAAAUACUCCUCUACCAAUAAUUAUGGAUGCUAGUUUUAUUCUUUCAAAAUUUUGCUACCUGGGUAUUUUGAAUCAUCUUGAGUUCAUCAAUCUUUCUACUGCUGAAGGGAUUUUCACUUGCCUCAACAAUAUGAUCCUCAACAAGAAAUAUACUAUGGUCCUGGUUCCUCUGCUAAGAUGCUUAGGAUAUUUACUUUGUGAGGAAGCUCUAUGCAAGCACCUGCUGAAGAAAGAGAGUUUAAAUGAAUGUUUAAAUAAAUUAAUUGCUGUAGAAUAUGAAUAUCUAAGGAGAGAAAUAUUGUGGAUAUUGACUAAUAUUUUAGGUUCAGAUGCAUGUGAUGAAAAUCUUUUUAAUGCAGUAUUCAAAACAGAAAACAUCAAAGUACUAUUAAAGCCAAGCGAGCCAUUUAUUUUGCAGGUGAUAUAUUUUUUAUCAUGCUUGGCUGCUAGAGAGAAAAAAGCUGUUAUGGAGCCCGAAAUUCUGCAUUUUCUGCACAACCUCUCAGAGUAUGAAGAUGAGUGCAUCCAAAAUGCUGCCAAAGUCUUCUUCAAUGUAUUAAAUUGUGAUUAAUGUUUGUAGCAUUUCAA